GUAUUGAAAACUCAUUACAUGAAGAAGCAUCAAUUUUGUACACUGUCCUCAAACCAUAUCUUACAGUCCUAUUUUUUUUCUUUGCCUAAGGUGAAAAUGAUAUAUCGACAGCUUACGAGUGAAAUAUCUUCACUGAAAAACCUUUGGAUAAUGACGCUAGGUAUCCCAGAAGAGAUGGAGUCUUAUGAGAGCACAGUGACAGAGAAUUACACAAAAGCAAAACAGCAAGCAGAAGAACAGAUACAGCAGCGGAAACAGCUGGCUGCUGAAUAUGAGGAAAGCGUGAACAAACAGAUGCACCUACUGCAGCAUGACCUGAAAUGUCAGGAAGAGCAUUAUGUCAUGUUCAGUUCUGCGCUGCGAGAGGCACUGAGAUUAGCAGAGAUGCUGACAAGCGAGGUGGCUUGUAGAGAAAGCCAAACAAGGUCGUCUCAGCUAGACUGUACAAGCCUGUUAGCCCAGAUAGAUGCUGCAAGCAGCAGGAUGUCAAGCAUAAUAAUAACAGAGAGUCACCGCCUCAAAGCAUGGGGAGUGCUGGGUGAAGGAACAGGAGCUCAGCUUCUUAAUAAAGCUAAAACCAAGAUCCUUACCAAGCAGGAGCUCAUGGGUAACUACAACCUCUAGAAAUUCAUUUCAAAAUGAUGUUAGCAUGUAAGGAAUUAUAGGCAGGCACGAGCGGGUAUGCUGCUUUUGAUGCUUUUGUAAAUAGGUCACCAAAGAACCGAUAGCAAAGUGAAGAGAGAAUGCACUUAGAAAAAGAAGUCCUCACUGAGA